GAAUUCCGGAAGAACAAGGAAUAGUUUAAGGAGAAUCAAAGAAUGUUGCAUAGAAUGACAAAUUCCUUUUGCGAUUUACUAUUUUAAUUUUCCUAUCAAUUUCUUCUUUAAUUAAAAAAUGUAAAAAACAAACAAACAAACAAACAAUGAAUAGAACAGUUGCAAAUGGAAUCAAAACAAUAAAUAAAUAAAUAUAUACAUAUAAUUCGGAAGGAUGUUGAUAGCAUUCUUCGUUGGAUUUGUUGCUGGGAUUCUUGCAGUCCUGGGUUUGGAACUGAUAGUAUUUUUGGUUGUGGUGGCUCUAUUGAAUCGCAAAAUCCAACGAAGGAUCAAACAUGAAACCGAUGCGGCAGCAGCAGCAGCUCGGAAUCCCCAGCAUUCCCUCGAUUCCAUUUGCCAAAACAUGCAGGGGGUUGUUUGGGUUCUUGAUUCAGAAAAAAUUUCAUCCAAAGAGCAGAAGAGAAGAAGGGAUGUAACGAUAGAGGUCACUCCUGUUCGAAAACAUGCCAAAAUCCAGGAUCGGUACCUGACUCUCACGAGUUCCGAUUCGUCCUGCAUCUUUAUUCCUCUCAAGGGCUGCAUCAUUCAGGCUGUUUCUGCUACUAACUUGCCCUCCAGGAAAUGGGCCAAGAGAUAUCCGAUAAAAGUUGAGAGCAAGAGUUCGCUAUACAAUGGAAGUAAAAUAAUUUACCUUUAUCUGGAGACUGCCUGGGAAAAGGAGUCUUGGUGCAAAGGUCUUCGUCUUGCUUCAUGUGAGGAAAAUAACAGAUGGUUCACCAAGUUGAAUGUGGACUUCCAUGCUUACAUGGCAUUGCUAAGUGCUGGAUAUUCCUCAUUUAUGAAGCCCUCCUUAGGCUUCAGUGCUGAGCCAACGGAAAGGGGAAGCAAGUCGGAUGGAUCUAUAUCAAAAGUCAAAUUAUUUUGGAAAAGGUUGUCAAAAAAGAAUUCAAAAGCUAGUGACAAAAAGGGAAAUUCAAGUAAUCAAUCCGCCUGUGAGGAGAAGAAGGCUUGUGAGAAACAGCAUCUAUGCCAAGAAUCAGUGUCAAACAAGUCGCUUAACACUUCAACUGAGGAAAAUAUGGUGUUUACACCACCACAAGGUUUUCCUCGUUCAGCAAGUCAAAAUGCUGCUGCUGCUGCUUCUGACGUUGAGUCUGAACAUGAAAAGCAUAAUUCUGAUGAAGGAAUACUUUGCUGGAACUUGAUAAUUUCUCGAGUCUUUUUUGACAUCAAAGCCAAUGCAGCGUUGAAAAGUUCCCUUCAAGCACGGAUUCAGAGAACAUUAUCCAACAUGAGGACCCCUAAUUACAUAGGUGAAGUCCUUUGUACUAACAUAGACAUUGGGAAUCUCCCACCUUAUAUCCAUGCGAUGAGGCUUCUUGGCAAUGACAUGAAUGAGGUAUCGGCAUUCGAGGUUGAUGCUGAGUAUUGUGGUGGAGUUCUGAUGGAUGUUGAGACAAGAAUUGAAGUCCGUGACCUAGAUUUUCAGAAAGGCUUAGAGGAUACAAAUUCUGAAGGAAACUCUGUCGAGAAUAUGUCUUCAGACCUUCUUGAAGGCUUUGAACAUUUCGGAAAGCAUUUGAAUCUUAAUAAAGAGGAUUUUGUCGACCCUAGAAUUGAUUGUGGAAAAGGGUCUAAAGAUAAAUCGGGUUCUCGGUUGAAGUCUGUCCUAAAUAACAUAGCCAAGCAGGUUUCACAGGUGCCUUUGACUUUGUCAGUAAGGGUUGUAUCCCUUCGAGGAACACUGCGUUUAUAUAUAAGGCCACCUCCUUCUGAUCAGUUAUGGUUUGGCUUCACAUCAAUGCCCGACAUAGAGUUCGACCUCGAGUCUUCGGUCGGGGAUCACAAGAUUACUAAUGGACAUAUCGCGUUAUUCUUGGUCAAUCGGUUUAAGGCGGCUAUACGGGAAACUAUGGUGCUUCCAAAUUGUGAGAGUGCAUACAUUCCAUGGAUGUUAGCAGAAAAAGAUGAUUGGAUCCCAAGGAAUGAUGCCCCAUACAUAUGGCUUCAAGAAGGCUGUUCCGAUAAGCGUGAAGCUCCAGCUCCGCAGGUUACCGAAUCAAAAGCGAACGAAAGUUGUGGGAGCGCCUCGAAUAGUGAUCUAGAAAGCAAGGAUUCGAUUCCGGAAGCAGCAAGGGGUUCCAAAGCCAGACUUGAUAAGCUCAAUGCCUGUACUUUCUUCUUGUUCAAGUUACAGGUCUCUGCGUGAUCUAGGAACUCCUCAUCCCACAACUGAUGACCUACAAGAUAGAAUGCAUCAGAAUUUAGAGGAAGCUUCGAGUUUGUCGUCAAUAUAUUGUAGGUCCAUGAGAGAGCUCGGAAGGCACAGUGCAGGAUCAGACGACAAUGAUUGGGGGCCGAAGACGGGGAGGAGGGCGAAGCUACGCGAUUUCAAGAAGCGAAUGGGGGAGAAAUUCGGAGAAAAGAAGCGUCACAUGGAGGAGAAGGGGAGGCAUUUUGUUGAGAAGAUGAAAAGUAAAGAUAAAGUUAAAGACAAAGAUAAAGA